GCUCAUUUGCCUUUUUUCCCAUGUUUUUAAAAGAAGUCUUCAAGGGGUUAAACACUUGUGAAAAAGCAUCACAACAAAAGAGACGUCGCUCCGGGUUUCAAAGGGUUCAUUGAUAUGUUUUUUUGGAGAUAUUUAGGGUGGCGUCAAAAGAAUUUUAACUCACUGAAGCUCAUGUGCUCCGUAUCAGACCCAGCCCCUGGCCGGCGUUACACCCCGCCUUCAACCACCCUGGCCUCGGGGGGGAAGAUGGCCGAGGCCCUGCCUCUGGGCGCCCAGGAGGCCGGAGGCGGGGCGGCUCUGGUGGGCAAACUGCGCAUGGCCGACCGCAGCAUGGUGGAGGUGAUCUCAGAUCAUCCAGGUGAGCUGGUCAAGACCGACAGUCCCAACUUCCUGUGCUCGGUUCUGCCCACACACUGGAGGUGCAACAAGACGCUGCCCAUCGCCUUCAAGGUCAGUAUCACACCGUUUGCGCGCCCACUCCGCAACAUCAUCACUUCUCACGACCUGAGAAAACUG